AUGAUGGUAUGGUACAGCGCCAGCGUCGUCGGUGUCCUCAUCUUCGCGACGAUAGAAGAAUCCGGGGCGGUGGAAAAUACGGUGACGGAAUGGGCCGUACCCGUAGCCGCCGAAGGGCCAGAGCUUGGAGCUGGCAGCUUCAGCAUCUUCAUCGGCGCUCGAUUCAACGUCAGUGUCGCGGGGGUAAUAACCGUAUCUGUGGUGGUAUCCAAAGCCAAAUGGGAAGAGGUCGCCUUCCUCUUUGUUCUCAGUCGCAGCGACUUCGUUGUUAAUUUCGUCCUCACGAGGGUACCAGUGGUGGUAGCGGUGCCUAUAGUGGUGGCGGUAGUAGUCGGUUUCGCGUGCCUCAACUUCGUCAGAGGAAAUCGGAACGGCUCCGACUCCAGUGAAGAGAAGGGCGCAAGCAACAGCGAAGAUACUGAAGAUAUUCUUCAUAUUGUCGUACUAAUGAAAUCUCAAGAGACUCUGAAGCUACUCGUGUAG